AAUUCUUCUGACGCAAACAUAACAAUAAUAAAAACAUUGUAAACCAAAAGGAAAAAAAAAGUUUUAUGUUUUGUAUUCUCUGGUUUCCCUCAUAGGGAUAAUUUUGUGGAGCCAAUUAGAAAAAAUUUGGAUGACAACAACACUGAUAGCCUGAUAGCUGAGUACAUUCGAGAGAUGAGGAAGAGGCAAGCAAGUGGCACUGCUACGACCAUGGACGAUGGGAACUUGAUACGACUGAUUAUCAAUCUGUUUGCGGCUGGGACCGAGACAUCCAGCACCACCAUUGUUUGGUUUGUCUUGUUCAUGCUUCACCAUCCAGAUGUCUUGGCAAAGAUAUAUAAGGAAAUUGAAGACGUUGUGGGAAGAGAGCGAGCGCCUUCUAUCCGGGACAGGACUAAACUGAACUAUCUGAAUGCUUGCAUCAUGGAGACUCAGAGAUUAGGCAGUAUUGUGCCCUUUAGCCUUCAGCAUUCGUGUAUCAAAACGACAACUGUUGGUGGAUACACAAUCCCACAAGGCACUGUGAUCAUGCCCAUUCUGGACUUUGUGCUGCGCUUUGAUAAAUCUUGGGGUGACCCUCACAACUUCCGUCCUGAGAGAUUUUUGGAUGAUAGCGGAAACUUGAAAGUCUUUAACGAAUUUGUGCCAUUUUCAUUGGGUCGUCGGGUCUGUCUGGGCAAGUCCAUGGCCAAGAUGGAGCUCUUCCUCUUCCUGGCCGGGAUCUGCCAACGGUUUGACAUACAACCUGCUGUGAAGGGUCAACUCCCACCUCUCAAAGGCGUCUUUGGCCUUGCAGUUACUCCAGAAGCUUAUGAAGUGAGAUUUGUUGAGAGAGAAAUGUAAUAUUCAUUAGAACGGUUUCAUGUCAAAAUGUGACCAUUCGUUUUCUGGUUUUGAGAAAAAAAAUGAAGGUUUAUGUUCUUCUCCCACUUACUGAAUAAUCUUGAGCAAAUUUGGAUUUAGAUUAAACAUGAUGUAAGGAUAAGUUGACAUUUGCUAAUUGAUGAAAUCAAAGUUGGAUUCUUAUCCUAUAAAUUAAAGAAAUCUUCACAUAUUUUGGACAAAAUGCCACAUCGACCACAAGCGAAUUCACGUGACCCGAGGAAAGAACUUCAUUGAUGUGCAAAGGAUAUAUCGCAGUUUGUCAAGAAAGGUCUACCAUUUUUGUAGUGUUUUGUAAAAAAAAAAGAAAAAAAGCCUAACUUUCUGCAGUUCUUUUUAAGAAGAAAAAUGGCGAUUUUUGGAGAAAAAACCCCAUUGGCUCUGGAAUGUAUCACCUUGCUAGUGACGGCAGCACUAUUUUCGGCCAAACUUCAAAAAUGGCGUUUAAAUUGUCCCAUUUUGUCGCAAAACUGUUUAUUUAUUUUAUCCACUGUUUGGAACUACGGUACUGCAGUCUUUUGAUAUCGGAAAAGUGUUCUAUUUUAAUUUAUAAAUAUAUUUCUAUGUUGUUAAACUUACUUGAGGGGACUCUUAUGGUCUUGAGGUAUGGAGUUUGCCUCUCAUUCAAUAAGUCCCAGGUUCAAAACCUGACAGCGACGGAAAAUGUUCUUUUCUAAAAUUGUAUCCUUUCACCUCCUUUCCUGCUCUCUAACCAUGAAUCUGUCUUCUGCUCUCGUCUCCACUUUCCGCCAACUACCCUGUCCUUCCCCACUCCUUUGCUUCCUUCUUACUGGUGUCUUUCUUAUUGAUCCAAAAUCGAUAAGAGUAGGCUCGGCCAUGACCAGGGCAAAAUUCAAAAUUAAUUCCUACCAAAUUGAA